AUGGGUAGCGGCGACGACCUGAAAGAAUGUGGAUGCGGCCGCUAUCGCCGGCCGAGGAACCCUGCUGGGCACUCACGGCUACUGCCGCCGUCUCCCUCCUCGCGCUCCUCCUCCCCCACAUCCUGCCUCCCUCCUCCUCUCCCGCCUCUCCUCCGCGGACACCUCGCCGCAAGCCACGUCCUCAAGCUCGAUCCUGCCCCCGGCCUCUUCGCCGUGACCUCCCGCCCCAUCGACAGCAGCGGCGGCAGCGGCGGGGGCUCCCCCGCACACCGCAUUCGCGUCCGCGUCCUCGUCCUCCCGGGCCUCGCCGCGGGGUCCUUGUCCUUCCGCCGCGUCCUCUCGUCGCUCUCCUCCCGCGGCGUCCACGCCACGGCGCUCGACCUCCCCAGCCAGGGCCUCUCCCCGGCGCACCCCCGCCGCGCCCGCGCCCGCGCCCUCCCGGACCAGCGUGCUCCGGGCGAUCAUGGACCGCGGCAUCGUCCACACCUUCGAGCACCUCGUGCAGACCGGCGAGGUCCCGUACCAGGAGGAGGCGCCGCCCCGAGGUCUCCGCACGCGCCCGACGAGGCGGCCGCGGCCGUCACGUGCGCCGCGGAGGCGCUCGGCCUCGGCGUGGCACCCGUCCACCUCGUGCUCCACGACACCGCGCUCGCGGCCGGGGCCGCGUUCGCGUCGGCGCACCGGGGGCCGUGCGGAGCGUGA